CUAUGGUUUGCAAAAGAGAAUAGUGCAUAAAUUUUGAGUAAUAAAUGAAAAGGAAAGGAAAAAGAAAGAAAACAGAAGAGCCAGACAGUGAGAAGGGACACGUCAGGGAGUGCCGUUUCGAAGGCAACAUUCCCGACCAACAAAACAAAACUCAAACCCAGCUGAAAGAAAUCCAGGCCGCAGGAGGCGAUGUAAGGCGUUAUUGGAAGAACAAGAGAGAAGGCAAGACGAAGGGCGGGAACACUGGCAUUGGGUACUCCAGGUUAAGGUGUCAGUGGGUUGCUGCAAUAUACCCGCUGGACCUUCAUUAAUGCUCGUGUGUGGGGGAGUGGUGCUGCUCCGUGGCACUGGAAAGCAGGAAAUACCAGUGUAGAAGGACUACAUGUGUGGCCAAAGAUGCUGCACAGCAGGAGGGUUCGUCGCUACCAAGAGUUCUUGAAGACUUUGAGGCGUCCUGAGCCACGGCUGUGUUUGUGCCCCUUCCACCUGCACCCCCGGCCCUGGGUGCCUCCACCCUGCCGCACAUCCAGGCCCCAUGGAGAACCUUCUCUUCUGUUGUCAAGAAGGUUUCAUUCCAACCCUGAGCUGCUGGCACACUCAUCUCACAUUGGCGGAAUGGAGAGGAGGUCACUGAGUCAGAAGGACAAGGCCCAGCACUCCCGCUACAUUGAGCGCCUCCACCAUGAAGAAGAUCUUAUCAAGGAGGCGCAGAGAAGGGUGCGCAAUGGUGAUCCCUUGCCCAAGGAUAUGUACAACACUGUCAUGAAGUGGAGCAAGAUGUCACCCAAGCCUGAGGAGGAGACCAGGGGGGCAGGACAAAAGAAAGGAAGGAAGCAGCAAACUAGCCAGAGUGGACGGAAGAAGGAAACAAGUGAACGUGAGUUUGAGAAGGAAGAGGAGGAGCUGCGUCAGGAGUUGAAGAAUGCGAGGGAGUUAAACCAGCACAACAUCUAUUUGCUGGAGGAGAACAAGAGGCUCAUGAAGAAGAUUCAGAAGCUGCGGCAGAGGGCCAAGCGACAAGGGGAAACGAGGAGAGGCAGCAGGGAGAGUGUGGAGGUCCCCAGGCAAGAUGAUGUUAUCCUUUCCCUCAAGAAGAAGUAUGAAGACCUGCUGCAGUAUGUCCUCAAGGUUGAGGCUGAGAACCAGAAGCUGAACAGCCUUGUUGGGGCACCAGGGGAAGGCCGAGGCAUAGACACUGAGUCCACCAGGAGGACCCUAACAGAGCUGCAGGAAGAGACACAGGCACUGAGGCAGCAGCUUAUGGAAAAAGAUGAGAACUUGAUGAAAUAUGAGGAACAGCUGAAGGCAAUGAAGGACAGUAUUAUCAUACUACAAGAAGCCCUUAAAAAGCAAAGGCAAGGAGGCAGCAGGAGCCCUGAGACAGCUAUGCUAGAGGAGGAGUGGAUGAGGCGGUUCAAUGAGACACGUGAGAUGUAUGAGGAAGCCAUUCAGGGAUACAAGGAUCAGCUGGAGCAGACGCAGAGGAAGGUGGUGAUGGAUGAGCAGGACCAUGCCCAGCAGAUAGAGGAACUAAGAAAACAGCUGCAGAAAGCCCAGACUCAACUCAAGACCAAGGAGAGGAACACACUGGAGGAGGCCAAGGUCAUGGAAGAGGAGCAAGACCAUGCCAGAGAGGGAGAAGAAAUGGCAGAUCAUUUGAAGGGAAACCAAAAUGAGGUCAGGGUAAAGGAAAGUCCUGGCCAUCAAGUAGCUAAAUCUGAUGGUUGUAACUCCCCAAAGGACCUGGCUAGUGGUACGUAUGAGGGAUCCCCAAAGCAUUCAAAAGAGGACACACAAAGCGCUCAGCCACAAGCCACGGCAGUGAGCCAUGGUAAAGAGAGUGAGGGGAAGCCUGAAUCAGCAACAGUGACAAGAACAGAUGAGAUGUACAAUGAGGCCUUGACACUUAUUGUUAAGAGACUUGAGAGCCUGCAGAUAGGCAGAGGGGAAGUGGAGGGAAUGAUGGUUAUUAUUAAAGACACCAUCAACACCUGCCUGCAAGAAUGGAGGGACAGCUUCCAACAGACCAAAUCACAGCAGGACGCACAUAAAAACCAACUGCAGCAUGAAAAUGAGGAACUGCAAAGAAAGCUGAGGACGAGGAACAAGAAGAUAGAGACCCUGCAGAAACAGAAUGAAGACCAGCAGCGGCAGAAUGAGAAGCUGCUUCACCAGAGUUCCCUCCUUGAAUCACAGAUGGCUUCCACACGAACCACAGAACAGCUGGGUAUUCUUAGUGGACUACCUCAGAAGGUGCAGGAGGCUGAGCAGCAGCUGGUAGACACCAAGGAGCUGCUGCACAAGGCUCAGGUGGAAAACCAAAGACUGCAGAGCCAACUUAAACACUUAGAAGAAAAACUUGGCAAAAAGGAAUCCAAGUUGAAGGCAGAACGUGAGCAAAGCUUGAGCAGGGAGAAGGAGGCAGCAGGGGCACGGGAGUCUGUCUCAUCCCUGCAGCACCAGCUUGAGGAGAUGACAAGGGAGAUGAACCAGCUGUGUGAACAACUCUCCACCAAAGAUGUCAUCCUGGAGCACACGUCUGCUCAGCUGGAGGAGAGGAUCCGGGAGUGUGCCAGCCUCUCCGCUCUCGCUGACCGCUAUAAGCUGCAGCAGAACCAAGAUUCAGACCGCAUCCAGACACAGCUGAAUGAGAGGGAAACUGCCUCCCACAAGCAGCUCCUGGAGGCGCAAACACAGGCCUCUCGCUACCAGGCUCAAGUGGCAGCCCUGCGUAUGGAGAAGGAACACACAGAGAAGUCCCUUCGCUGUACUGUCAGGAAACUGGAGGAGCAAGUGGACCAACUUCAGCUGAGGAACUCCACAUUGCAGAGGCAAUUGACCACCUUUACCUCCACUUACCAUAACUUGUUCUCCAGUGUUGACCUCCAGUCGGUGACUUCUCCGGCCAUAGGCACCACUGGUCUCAAGGGCAUUUAAGUGAUGACUGACAAGAAUUUGAGUUGCAGACUUACCCAUAGAUCACAUUUUAUGAGCUCCAGGCUCUCACAGGCUGGCAUCCCUAAAUCCAGCAUGUGAUCCUCAACAUCAUGAUGGAUUACUCAAAUACACACAUUACUAUUCUCUUUUUCACACACACUGAUUUCUGUUCUUUCUCACUAGACCCACAGAAUGUCCCUAACAGCAUUUUGAUGACAUAGAUAUAUAGAGAUACAGUGGUAGUAUUCUUGCUACCCCAGCUGCAGUGUGUAACUGGGCCAUCUCCCAUACCACAGGGAAAAUAUAUUUACAUUUACUUAUAUUUAGUAUAUAUAAAUGAUGAGCAUAACACUUUGAUUUUUUAUUAAUAAUCUACUCAACCACUGUGGGUCCUGUACAAACUAGAAAUAACAGGUGCAAAAAGGGGCAAUAAGUAAGGCUAACACUGGAAGUGGUCUCUAAUGUCACACUGCAAAAUGCUCAAUUACUUUGUGUGUAAUGCUCAAAAGUAACCCUUUAAGAACUGAAAAAUAUAAAACAGCAAGGGUCACAUACACUUGCUAAUGUAAAAAGAUAAAACUUGCAACUCCUGCACAACACAAAGUUACACCUAUCAGAUGAAAUGUUGCAUUUUACUCAUGUUCAUAAAACUCAAGCCAACCUGUGGAAGCUCUGUGGGACCUGAGGUGUGCUGUGCUUAGGCCUCACUCAAGCUCUGAUACAACUGUUUUCCAAAAUUCUAUGAAUAUUCCUCUACUGUGACCUUUGUGCCUCUAGUUUUCACGUCUCGGCCUGAAGGUGUGCCAUGCUUGUGGCAGCGCUAACAAGUUGCUACCUUUAUGUACAUUUAAACAUCAUAUUUACCAAGUCUGAAGCACCUAGUAAUCACCAACACAUUAUUUGAUAAGGCAUAGAACGUAUCUUUACCAGUAAGAAUUUGGAACACUUUUCUCCCUCUAAUGCAGCUACACCACACUCCCUCCCUGCAUCAGUCAGACCUCACACCUUCAGGCCGUAAGAAAAACUCCAUCUAGUAGUUACCCUGCUAAGGUUUUUUGCAAUGUCAAAAUUGUAGUGAAAAAUUAUCAAGCCACAGUAUAAAUCUCACUAGAUACAUAUUAAAAAUAAUGAUUUAGUAUAAUCUGAGUAAUAUCACUCUAAACAAGAUAAAGAGAAGGCACACAAUGUCGAAUACUUUCUCUGCUGUAAGGGUGCAUGGGAGCUCCCUAAUCCUCAAUACAAUUCUCAAGAUGUUGACAAAAUCAAUUAACCAUUGUUUCAUCAGGAUUUUUUUUCUCAUUUACUUGAGAGAAAUAUUACAGAGUGUGCCAUAAAAUAGAAUGUUCUGAAGGCAUACAGGCAGGUGGGCUACAUACAGACCCUUCCAUUCCUCACUUUCUCAUUGAGUGCCACAGUCAGUAUAAUGCAUAAGUUGUUAGAAUUUUGUCACUGAAACCAAACUAAAAACCUCCGGAAGUGUCCCCUUACACCAGAAUUUACCUAGGCUCAGCAGUGUUUAUUUGAGGACUUUAGCAGUUAUAAAUGAAACAUACCUAUGAAAUACCUGAAUACCCUCAUCAGAGGAUGCACUACAGUGCUUGAUAAGAUACAAGCAAAUCAUUGUGUAUAAUAUAUUAUAUAUAUAUAUCUGAGAUAUUCCUGCUGUUCAGUGAACAACAUGAGCUUUUUUUUACCCAUCAACAAAUUGCAGUGAAUUUGUCUAGGUCACACAAGAUACUGAAUAUCAGCAUCAGCACUGAAAGUCACAUUAGUUAUAGUUGUGGCCAAUUCACUUAGGAAGGUGGCACAUAUCACAGCUCUCAGUUGCUGUCUGGUUAAUAAAGGUGCAAUGCUGGCACGUCCAGGAGGUGGCCGCCGCCGAGGGCUGCGUGCUGGACCCCACCCCUACCACAUCAGCCCCCCGUGCACCAGCCAGACUCUCUGGUCCCGAGGCCAUCACCAACUGCUCUACUGUUGCCCAGUGGCCCGACUGCUUCCACUCCAGUGCUGCGGCUCGGUUGCGGGUCUUGACGGCUUCAAGUAAUGGUCCAAUGUACUCCUGAAAAGUACACCCAUCACAUGUACUCCCAUCACACAUCCAGUGUGAUGGGUGGUUUUCUGAGAUGUCCACCACCAAGACCAAAAAGAACACCUGUUGCUUCCAGAUGUAUCAACCAGUGUAGUUUAUAAAUAAAAUUACAUUAGAUUUGUUUCC